AUGGCGGAGAGUAAACUUCCGACAACGGGAGAAGAACUGGAUUUGAACAAUGAGAUUCGGGUCACAGGUGAGAGAGAGCAGUAGAAAAAGGCAGCUACAUGGUCAUUUUGAAGCGGUUGUAAUGUUUAGUGGUGGAAUAGUUAAGUACAUCUUUAGUGGGUAUUAUCAAGAGCGGCAAGUCUGGGACUGGAAGUACAGCGGUAAUCCGCAUAACGAUUCAAAAUGGCCGUUGACAUCACGGAAGAAAGGAUCUGAACAUCAGUUUUCAGCAAGCGCUUUUCAAACUCGGUCGUCAUAAUUAGAGCAAUUCGCAUGGACUAUAAAUGAAUUUUUACCCAUAAUAAUUAAUUUUAAUAAAGUUUUAUUUUUCAUAUUUUUGCCGUUUUCUCUGGAAAUAUUAAUGAUGUUUAUCAAACGAUCGAAUUUCAGGGACAAACGAAAGUCAAGUGACAUCAAAUGACACCAAACUGGAGGUAUACGAUGAUCCAUUAAGAGGUGAGAAAUUAGAUUCUUUAAAAGACGCCUCGGUGUGGUUUUAAAUUAGGCACGUUUUCAUUAAAGUUUUUUAUCUAUUCUGUGAAUAACUUUUGAAACAGAAACUAUAUGUUCGAAUUUCAAACUCUAUCAACAGAGAAACACUGAAUUUUAUUGCUGCGUGGGUCACGAACAAGCUGUAGGUGUGAGGUGUACAAUUGUCUAUAUAUACAUGGAAUGAAAAUCAUCAUUAAAUCUAUUACCGCGAAAAAAUAAAAGAAAAAUGUGAUGAAAAAAUUAGUAUCGUACUCAGUAUCAGGGAUAGAUUUGAAUCAAAAUCAAAGAAAAUGUCCAGAAUGCUUCCUAUUUACAUCACGUACUCUUUGUAGAUUUUUUAUAAAUUAUGAAUCACUACUAUUGCUAAAUGUAUCCUGAUACAAUUAAAAAACAUUUGUGAUAAACCAUUUGCAACUAAGGUCGAGAGGAGACUGAUUGUGAAAAUCGACAAUAACGUUUGCAAAAAGUUUUAUCUGAUUCUGCGUUCCUUCAAACACACCACACCAUAUAUGGCCAGAGUUCCCGAAUUUCAUUGGUCUGGAGACUAUUUUAGGUGAUUCAAAACAUCACCUUAGAGUUAACGGUUUGCAAAACUCUAGGAUAUCAUUGGGGUGAGGGUUUGUGGUCGGCGGGCCCAUAUAUACAGUAACCGACUGUUUGAAAAGAAUGAAAGGCCUGUAAAGGAUAGGAAUUAGAAAGGUGAUCUAACAACAUGAAAACAAAACCUUGUUAAAAUGAAAUCAUUAAUGUUAAACCGGUGUGUUUCCAGAUAUAGCAAGAGUAUGUCUCGAGGAAGGUAACAAAGAAUACAGACAGGGAGAACAUCAAAACGCGAUAAACUCCUACUCGGAAGGUCUUCAAGUGAACUGCGAAGAUAUACGGCUGAACGCCAAGCUUUAUAGCAACAGAGCAGCGGCUCAUUUCCAUUUGGGUAAGAAUCUUCUUAAAGGAACUACUAAAUUCCUCAUGGAACGUACUCAGUGAAGAUAAUGAAUGUACAUUCUGCACCCAUUUUAAACAGGAUUUUCUCCUCGCCUGCUGUCUUCCCUGCCAUUUUUUGCAUCAUUUGUCGCCUGAAUAUUGAAAUGAAACUGGCAACUUGAAUAUUUUAUGUCGAUCACACACGUGGAAAUUCUCCAUUAGGAUGAAAUUCUCAUGCAAAGUUUCAUCGCAAUUGUGAGAUAUUCUUACCGUAAAUUAUGAUAAGCAUAAUUGCCAAAUAAAUUGCAAAGCAACUAAUAAGAAUAUCGAAAUUCCCACACAGGUUCGAAGACCAACAUCUCAGGACUGAUGUUGUGCGGAGGUUUAUCCGUUCUGUGGUUAAAAUUAAUUACGCGUCUAAUUCAAUCAGUAUAACAUCUUCCAUUUCGAAUUGUUGCGUCUCAGCCGGCUUACGAUUAUAUCAAGCUAAAACGGAACAAUUUAGUUUAUGGUGGUUACCCCUCAAAAAGUGCGUAUCCUUAAAUCAAGGUGGUAAUCCUCUCGCAAGUCGUUGUGACUCAUAUUCUGCUGACUCGACUACCGAAAUAAUGGCUCGGCCAUCUACUAACUUAAGAAUAAAUGAAUUUUUCAAAAGACGAAUUUUAUGGAGAAAAAAGCAAGGAAUCCUCUCAAAAGAUGCCCGGAAAAGCAAUUAAAUAUGGUCAAAGCACUUACAGGGUCAUAUAGUCUAAAGCGGAAAGAAGCUUUAGAAAAACCGAAAUUCCCCGAUCCGAGUAAUCUACUCUUUUUUUAUAUAUUGUCGUCAAGGUUGCAAAGAACAAUACUUUUUCCGAAACACAUCGUUCCCUAAGGAGAAGUGAAAUAAUUUGUAAUACAGCACUCAAGAAAUUCGGGUAUGCGUCGGCUUAUUCGGCAUGAGAAGGCAACUCCAGCGAUGGACUAAUAUGAUACCAAGGAAGCGUAGAGCUGCUUCUUUGAUAAGUAAACCACAAACUAAAAAUCAAUAUAAGGAGAAUUGCCCUAAGAUGAAAUCUGUGAGUUUCUUGUGAUCAAACUCAGUUGCCAAGUUUGAAAUAUCUAAAGGACAAGAGCCGAAAAACGAAGGUGUUUGACCACAUUCUCUUAAAUCUGGGUCAAAUCUGGGUCAAAAUGUGAACCUUGUCUCCCCCAAUUUUACCUGAUAAAAUGAUUUUCUCCUGGUUUUAACUAAGGCCAAGUCUAGGACAGGUAUAAAGACGGAUACGUAAAUUGGCACGUGAUGACGACUGACACUUAGUUCCUGAAUUCCUUAGGAAACUACGAAGAAUGUCUCAAUGAUGCAACAGUUUCUGUUCAGUUGGAACCCAAUUUAAUCAAAGCUAUUAAGAAAGGUGGGUGUUGCAGUCAAAAUUCAUCAAACCACUUUUCUGUGGUUUCUUCAAGAGAAUUGUAUGGAUUACGGCAGCUGACUGUACCUCGGGUAUCAACAAUAACUGGCCCGUGAAUGUUUGCUAUGUAGAUAAAAAGUGCAAGUUAAGGUCAGUGAGCUAUAAAUGAAAAUUAAACCGGUAAUGGUUCAUUUACACCAAAGAUUAAACAUGUUUGAAGUCGUUUUGUUAAAUACAGUUUUAAUUUUUUCUUCAUAGAAUUAGUAUAAACCGAUGUUAGUCGACUUCACAUAUAACAUAUUGAAAAUGCAAAUAAGCGAUUGUAUGAAUUCUAUGGAAAAUUCAGUUUUUCAGUCCUCUCUUUCUGGUUUUCAUUCAGUUAAACCCGGUUUGACUAAAAAUGUUUUGCUCAUGUGAAUGGGGUGUGAGACGAUUUUCUGGCUACUUUUAUAUGUGGAUAGUAAUUAAUUAGAUACCUCACGUCAUUACCUUCUCAGCUGCCAGUGCUUGCGUGGAGCUUUGCUUGUACAAAGAAGCAAGGAGCUGGCUACAUAUGGGAUUGGCCGUAUCCUUUAACGAGUGUUUCAAACGUUAUACGCAAAGAAAUGCAAGUAGUGUUCACUAACACCAAGCUGAGCAGUUAAAAGAAACUAAAAUAUUCUCAGUUAUUCCAAAACAUUUCAUUUGACAGAAGGGGAAUUUUAUCUAAUUCGCAGAACGCCCCUCAUCAGUGUCUCUCUAAGAAUAUCAGCAGGACGCCCAAACCAAACAAUGAUUACGCCUAGUGAGCUUGUUAACACUUAUAUUAAUAUUCACUCUGGCAAGAAAAAUAUUUAAAAUAGGAAAUCGUCAAAAGAAAUCCACUUUCGACAGGUAUGUCCUUUUCUAAGGUUUGUUUAAGGAAUAGCGCAUGUUUUUUAGGGGUGUUUGAGAAAAACACCGCGAGAGCGAUGUUCCAAAAUUCUGCAAAAUACCACAAGCUUCCAUUAAAAGAACGUCCAGUGAGGCUGACAUUAACCCCAAACUGUCUGACUUAUAAUCCGAGUCGUCAUUCUUUCUGAGAUAAAAACUUCUUCAGAUUCACAUCAAUUUCCUUGGCUUCGAAGCUCAUAAUAUCCAGACGGAUCCGUUUUUCUUCAGCCCACGUCGUCCGAACUGUUGGCCACAUAAAGGUCUUUUUUUUGGUGUUUACAUUUCCUGCAUUUUCUAUAAAUUCUUGAAGCUUUUUCGAUUCACAAUCUGGAAAUAUUUCAGCCAUUGUUUCAAAAUUAGAAUCGGUAUCAUUUCAGUUAAUGUAAAAAUGCAAAUUUUAAAUGUAAGGUUCUAGGAUUUGACUGACAUACUUAUUUUCUCAGCGAUUCACAUACAUGAAAUGUCUCAACUUAUAGAAUUGUACCUCUCAUAUUUAUAUUUUUAUUGAAAUUUGUACACAUCCACUCAUCAGUUAUUUAUUCUUAACCCAUAUAAGAUUGAGAAGGAUAACAAACCUCUGCUUCACUUACUGAGCAAAUCUCAAACAUUAAUAGAGAGCCACGAGUGUAUUAUGGGAAAUGCCAAAGUAGAAAGAGAAAAGAUCGAAGAGGGAAUCCGUUGUAACCUUCUAGGAAUAGCUCAUUAUAAUCAAGGACAGUUCAAAACAGCAAUCGAUUACCAUCAACGUCAUCUAGAAAUUGCUAAAGAAGUGGGAGACAAGGCCGGAGAGGGAAACAGUUAUGGCAAUCUCGGCUGCGCUUAUGAUAGUCUAGGACAGUUCAAAACAGCAAUCGAUUACCAUCAACGUCAUCUAGAAAUUGCUAAAGAAGUGGGAGACAAGGCCGGAGAGGGAAAGAGUUAUGCCAAUCUCGGCUGCGCUUAUGAUAGUCUAGGACAGUUCAAAACAGCAAUCGAUUACCAUCAACGUGAUCUAGAAAUUGCUAAAGAAGUGGGAGACAAGGCCGGAGAGGGAAAGAGUUAUGCCAAUCUUGGUUGCGCUUAUCGUGGUCUGGGACAGUUCAAAACAGCAAUCGAUUACCAUCAACGUCAUCUAGAAAUUGCUAAAGAAGUGGGAGACAAGGCCGGAGAGGGAAAGAGUUAUGCCAAUCUUGGUUGCGCUUAUCGUGGUCUAGGACAGUUCAAAACAGCAAUCGAUUACCAUCAACGUCAUCUAGAAAUUGCUAAAGAAGUGGGAGACAAGGCCGGAGAGGGAAAGAGUUAUGGCAAUCUCGGCUGCGCUUAUCUUGGUCUAGGACAGUUCAAAACAGCAAUCGAUUACCAUCAACGUGAUCUAGAAAUUGCUAAAGAAGUGGGAGACAAGGCCGGAGAGGGAAAGAGUUAUGGCAAUCUCGGCUGCGCUUAUGAUAGUCUAGGACAGUUCAAAACAGCAAUCGAUUACCAUCAACGUGAUCUAGAAAUUGCUAAAGAAGUGGGAGACAAGGCCGGAGAGGGAAAGAGUUAUGGCAAUCUCGGCUGCGCUUAUCAUAGUCUAGGACAGUUCAAAACAGCAAUCGAUUACCAUCAACGUCAUCUAGAAAUUGCUAAAGAAGUGGGAGACAAGGCCGGAGAGGGAAGCAGUUAUGCCAAUCUCGGCUGCGCUUAUGAUAGUCUAGGACAGUUCAAAACAGCAAUCGAUUACCAUCAACGUCAUCUAGAAAUUGCUAAAGAAGUGGGAGACAAGGCCGGAGAGGGAAACAGUUAUGCCAAUCUCGGCUGCGCUUAUGAUAGUCUAGGACAGUUCAAAACAGCAAUCGAUUACCAUCAACGUGAUCUAGAAAUUGCUAAAGAAGUGGGAGACAAGGCCGGAGAGGGAAAGAGUUAUGCCAAUCUCGGUUGCGCUUAUGAUAGUCUAGGACAGUUCAAAACAGCAAUCGAUUACCAUCAACGUCAUCUAGAAAUUGCUAAAGAAGUGGGAGACAAGGCCGGAGAGGGAAAGAGUUAUGCCAAUCUCGGCUGCUCGUAUAAUGGUCUGCGACAGUUCAAAACAGCAAUCGAUUACCAUCAACGUCAUCUAGAAAUUGCUAAAGAGGUGGGAGACAAGGCCGGAGAGGGAAAGAGUUAUGGCAAUCUCGGCUGCGCUUAUCUUGGUCUAGGACAGUUCAAAACAGCAAUCGAUUACCAUCAACGUUGUCUAGAAAUUGCUAAAGAAGUGGGAGACAAGGCCGGAGAGGCAUCCUCACUCUGUUAUCUUGGAAGUAACUUUGAGUGCCAAGGAAAUCUCAAGAGGGCCUUUGACUGCUUUCACUCCUCUGUAGAGGCGUUUGAUAGUAUCAGGGCCGGUCUGCGAUUCAACGAUCAGUGGAAGAUUUCUUAUCGUAAUCAGCAUAAAAGUGCAUACACAGGCUUGUGGCGUAUAAACCUAUUUCAAAAUGAGUUUCUCAAGGCUCUUCUUACCGCAGAAAAAGGACGUGCUCAAGCUCUAAAAGAUCUGCUAGACACAAAAUAUCAGCCCCGAGAUUCUUCAACGAACAGCGGCUCGUUCCUUACCCUGAGUUUUGUUCCAUUAGGUACAGUCUUCAUGGCUAUCAGUGGACCGUGCGUUUACUACUGGGUUUUCCUUAGCGACGAUAAUGUCCAGUUGAGAAAGGUACAUGUCAACAAUUAUAAGUAUCAGAAGGAAUUGGAAGUUUUCAUCCAGCAACUGAACAGAACUGCCUUGAAGGAGAUCGAUGCUGUUAAAUGCGAAAAUCCUUCCCAUGAAUCGCCGAAAGCGACGGAAGUGGCGAAUGAUAUCAUUCAAAUUGAUGUAAGGUACUCACAAUCAAGUGCUCUACAGAAGCUUUAUGACAUCAUCGUUACUCCUAUUGCUGAUCUGAUCGAAGGAAACGAGCUUACGGUUGUUCCUGAGGGACCAUUUUGUCUUGUGCCUUAUGCAGCAUUAAAGGACUCGAAGUCAACUUAUCUGAGUGAUUUAUUCAGAAUCCGCCUGCUUCCGUCCCUGACGACCUUACAACUAAUCAAUGAUUGCCCAGCUGAAUUUCACCUGAAGAGCGGUGCAUUGCUUGUUGGCGACCCAUGUUUUGAAGAGAUCAUCUAUCAAGGAAAACGGUUGGUGCAACUUCCGGGAGCAAGGAGAGAAGCGGAGAUGAUUGGACGAAUUCUCAACAUUCCCCCCCUUAUUGGAGAAAUAGCAACAAAAGAUGAAGUGUUGAAACGACUUUCAUCAGUGGCUUUAGUACACAUAGCAGCACAUGGUAAAAUGGAAACUGGUGAAGUUAUCCUGGCACCAAAUACGACAAGAGAAAACCCUCAGCCUCAAGAGAAGGACUAUCUACUGACGAUGAAAGAUGUCAUGGAAGCUGGGCUGCGGGCGCGACUGGUUGUUCUAAGUUGUUGUCACAGUGCUCGUGGGGAGGUCAUGGCCGAGGGUGUGGUUGGCAUCGCCCGAGCAUUCUUGGGUGCUGGCGCUAGAUCAGUUGUGGUAACCUUGUGGGCGAUUGCAGACGAGGGAACCCUGGAGUUCAUGAGUUUCUUCUACGAUGCACUUGCUAACGGCAAGAAGGCAAGUGAAGCUCUCAAUCAGGCCAUGAAGUGUUUGAGAAAAUCCGAAACUUUCAAGGAGGUGAAGUACUGGGCACCAUUUGUACUCAUUGGUGAUGACGUCACACUUGAUUUCAACGACAUUUAGUUGCUGAUCCAUGUAAUUAUUCUUUUCAUAACAUUUAUGCACUAAAAAGUAACUUUAAAUCCAAAUUAGAGAUACAUAUUUGAUCAUAAAUGCUUUUUUUGUUAUCUUGCUGUGUAAAGUUUGGGAGUUUCUUUUUUUCCCGAAGAAAUUGAAAUGCUUUUAAAUUGAGUGGGCACAGACUUUUUCUUAGAUAAUUUGAUAGGAGUGAAAAACAGUUUUCUGCUAUAAUAAUUGUUGGGCAGUUUAUCGUUUCAUGUAGUAAGGCCGAAUGAAAAAUUUUAGAUGAUCUCAACGAUUCUCCCUGAAUUAUAAUUUUUUUUACUUUUCAGUUAAGGCAGUGAGAAUUGGAGCUGUAUCAUAGAAAAGACAGAACCCAAGAAAGUAAAAAGUUGCCCGCAAGCGUUCAUAUUUGGAGCAGAAACCACAAGGCUACCUAUAAAAUCUCUGUAGGAGUCCUCUACUAAGAGCAGGAGAAGCGAAAGAGUCUUCAAGAGCCC